AUGCGGGAAACACAAACCGUGUUUCUCCGAAAUCUCAUCGUCGUCUACAUGGAAGGGACACCGCUGGGUACACAGGAAGGCAGGGGAACCGAGGCGCUGGGGAAAGUCUUUGACGAGGAGAGAGAUAGACACUGUGAAGGGUACACAAUGAACCGCUGA